AUGGAUGAGCGACGGAAGGAGGCUGUGCCACUCGCAAUGGCCGGGGAAUACCAGUCCGAGCAGUUCGAGCCCGUCACGCAGACCUUGAAGGAUGUGCAUCAAGACAAGCUACCCGGCGACUUACACAAAGUCGACAAGACUUCGCGUAUCAUGUUCGACCACUUCAGGGGCAAUGAGCCCAACCGCGAGUACAAACCGAGUAUGUCGAAACCAGUCAACCACAGUGACAUGAGCAACAAGGACACCAAGAAGCAUGCGGAUAUCCAUAUGUCCAAACCUACUGGUGUUGCUAAUCAAAGGCCUUUGAGCAACCUACCGCCUGAGCUGCGACGCAGGAUCUUCCAGCAUCUGUUGGUGUUUAACGAACCCAUACGAGUGAUCUGCAAGUCGAAAGAUCCCAUGAAAUUUGCCGGGUUCACUCGCGUACCCGCUGAUCGGCACGGCAAGGUCCUUGUAUCCUUUCAUAAUUACCUGCAUACUUCAGGCUUGGAGGUGUUUACAUUCGAUAGUCUCCUUGCCAUCGCAGCGACGAACCGAGAAAACUGCGAGUUGGCUCGUGAAGUUUACUAUAAAGACAACAGAUUCGUCAUGCCCCGAGAUAAUUUUGAACCUCCUGGAUUCCUUGCCAAAGAAUGGCUAACAGCUAUUGGUCCACGAGCUCGCUGGUAUCUUGCAGACGUGACAUUCGAGGUGGUCAAGAUGGGAAAGCUACCGUACACGACGGCUGAUCCCGAUGAUACGCACGAGAUGCUUACACGCCUCGGUGAGAGCGCCUCUCUUCACUCCCUGGUCAUUCAACGACUCGAGGCCUAUCGCCUAUCGCCAACUUGUGACAUGGAGAAGGCACUCAACGCGCUAUUUGACUACCGUGGUCUCAAGAUCUUCAUCAUCGGCAACAUGCCUGAGCUGGAAGCCUCCUCCGCUCGCUCCGUCACCCAGCCAAAAGACUUCAUGCCCCUUAAGGAGCUACAGGCGUAUAUUAUUGGAAACAGAGAACACCGCAUCCUCGAGCCCUUGCAGGAUCGUACACUCAGGAACUACAAUAUGAACGUCUUGCAGUAUCUGUAUGUACACACUCGCUCAACUGCCAACGUUCGUGACCACGUAUCUUGCAAGGCCAUGGAGAAGGAGUUCCAGGAGCGUGCGGCAGAAGCAGCAGCCAUGUGCAAGAAGACGCUGGUGGACAAACUCAUCGAGAGGGACGCGACAUGGAUGCGAGGUGCACAAGAUCCCAAGGACGCUCAGGAUACCUGCUCGCGAGAACCAAGGACCCCAAACAACUCGACGACUUUCCAGAUCCGAUGGUUGUAG